GGCGACGUUCGGAGAAGCAUAUAUUGACCACCGAAAAGACGAGAGAGAGAGAGCGCGCAUUGCGUGGGAGAUUAAAUUAUACGACUCGAAAUAAUCCUCAUCGUGUGAAAAUUUGACGAAACCUAUCGAGAUCUGUCGAGAUCUAUUCCUCCCCCGAGAAAAUCCACCUCCGCAAUCACCAUAAACCAUAAACCCAACAAAAAACAACCCUUCACACAUCUCAAAAUGAGUUACUUCCGCGUCACCCUCGUCCGUUCCGCUAUCGGUCUUCCCCGGAGAACAACAGACGUCCUCAAAGCUCUGGGUCUGAAGAAGCGUAUGGGCUCCGUCUUCCACCCCGUCUCGCCGUCCGUUGCGGGUCAGAUCAUGAAGGUUAAGGAGCUGGUGGAGGUGCAAGAGGUCGAGAGACGGUUAACGAAGCAAGAAGUUCACCUCGAGCGGAAGCCCGACCCGGGCUAUUACAUUGAGAAGGUGUCGGGCGCGGAGUGGCAGGGAUGGCAGCGCAAGUAGAGAGAGAAAUGAAGUACUGGGUGCUUUCAUUCUCUUUCCCUUGCAUUUCACUACCUCGAUUUUAAGCGGAAUAUCUUUCUCAUGCGAUUCCCGGCUAUGAAUUGGAGUUGGGACUUGUCUGCUCUCUCCAGACAUGCCAUGCACUUUUCGCAUUGAAGGUUUCGGAUGCGAUCUGUUUCUCAAAAAGAGACGAUUUUUUCUCAAAAGGGUUUUACGCAUCAAAGCAUAUGCUAUUCUCUGCUUUUUGUCGCAUGAGGCUAUUUCUUUUUCUCAUAUAUCAUGUCAUGUACACUGCUUCAUCUGCCUAUCA